AUGAAUAAUAGGAGGGAAACCGGCGAAUUCAGCUACUUCAGUGCUCCUCCAGGGAUCUUCAUCGGCCAAAUUCCGAUCAUACCGCCGGUCCCAAACCCGGUCCCCGUCCCGGUGACCCUAGGCUUCUCUGGAAGAAUAUACUUUAAUUCUGCGGUAGAGGCAACCGCCUAUCUGAGUCUUCAAUUGCCGGUUGCACAUCCGCUACUUGGCUAUACAAUGGUUGUGGAAAGGCAUUAUCUGCCAACUUAUUAUCAUCUGCCAUAUGGACAUAACAAUCCCGUGGUCCCGCUCGCUGCAUAUCUAGUAGAGGGAGGUGCUAUUCACCAGGAUGUUGCUCAAGCGAACAUGGUAGCGAACGUGGUCGAGCAUCAAGCAGCACAGAAUAACCAGGUCGAGGUCCAGCAUGCACCACAGCCGCAGAAUCAAUUCCAGGAACAGGUCGAGCAUCCGUUGCCGCAGGAGACACCAAUAUUGUUUGUUCCGAGUCACACAGAGGCUACAGAUCAAACAGGAGGACAAGGUACAGAGGUAAGCCGCCACGAGGCACCAAGUGUCGAUGCUGACAUCGGAAAUGCUGUGCCUGUGAUCAGUGUCCCUCCAAAGAUAUGGCUGAAUAUUGCGGACAGAAAACGCGAGACAAACAAGAGAAAAAAACAGAAGGCUCAAAGCAGAACGAUGCCGUCUCAGGCUCCCCAUAGCCAGAUCGCUCAGAAUGAACAACCUUCUGUUGAUAAUGCGAGUCAAGAAGAAUCCGGAGCUGGAGCAUCUACGCAGCGUGGAAAGCUGACUACGACAGAAGAUACAGAUGUACCAAGCAGCUCCAAGAAGAGUGAAGCAUCCGGAGCUGGAGCAUCUAAGCAGCGUGGAAAGCUGACUAAGACAGAAGAUACAGAUGUACCAAGCAGCUCCAAGAAGAGUGAAGCAUCCGGAGCUGGAGCAUCUACGCAGCGUGGAAAGCUGACUAAGACAGAAGAUACAGAUGUACCAAGCAGCUCCAAGAAGAGUGAAGCAUCCGGAGCUGGAGGUACACCACCAAGCGUCGAUGCUGUGAGUAAAAUAGCCGGAGCGGAAUCAAGCUGCAAGGCACAAUCAGAUGAGAGUGAAGAAUUACAUGAUCUAAAUCAAAGCAAGGAAUUCUCAGAAAAUAAAGCGUCUUCUUCACCUAAUCAUCUCAGCCUAGCUCAGUCGUGUAAGGGUGAGAAUGUACAAGCCGGAUCGGAAGGUACAAAGCCUCAACAUCCUCUGAGAGAGGUAUCAAGCGGCGAGGCACAGAGGAUUUCUCAGGAUAUCAGUGUUCCCCCGUCUGCUUCAGACAAACAGCUCAGCUCCGCUUUGGAGUGGAAGGACUGUACAGAUGAUUUGGUUCAGGUGUCUAGGUUUCUCAGGGAAAACUUCUAUGAUGAUACGUGGGAGUAUAUUCCCAGUCACACGGUUGAGUCUCUGGAAUGGUCUAUGAAGCCACCUGGAUUUAGAGUACUUCUUGGAGUAAAAAGCAAGAUCAAGGAAGAUCUCCUUGGUUUUGUUUCUGCAGUGUCUACGCACAUCUGGAAGGAAGGUCAGGUUGUUAGUGUAUGUACUAUCAGGCUUCUCUGCGUUCACAAAAAGCUGAGAAAAAAGACGGGAGGCUUUAAUAUUGGUUCGUGUAUGAUUGCGGAGGUCAAACGAAGAUUUGAAGCACAUGGGAUAUUUUCUGCGGUCUACAGUGCUAAUAAAAUACCAACUUCAACUUCGUUUCCGAAGCCUCUCAAGAAGUGUUCUGUUUACUGCAAACUUAUCAACCCCAAGCCACAAGGAGAGGAUAACAAACCGCAAACUAGAACUAGUGGAUUGAGGAAGAUGAAGGAAACCGAUGUGCGUCAUGUAACAAAGUUGCUGCAACGUUACCUGAAAACAUUUAAGGUGGCGACUUACCUGACUGCGAAUGAGGUCUCUCAUUGGAUGGUCCCCAGAAAAGACUUAGUGUACACCUAUGUCGUAGUGUCACCGAGAACUGGUAACAUCACUGACUUCUUCAGCUUCUACACGGAAGUUGCUUCUCUAGUCGAUAGUGACAAGGAACUGAAGAUAGCACAUGCCUAUUACAAUCUGGCUGAAGAGACCAAACCACAAGUCUUGCUGCAAGACAUGCUAAGCAUUUGCGAGGAACAGUCCUUUCACAUUUUUGCCGCCACUGCUACUUUAGAGAACUCCAAGUUCCUGUGUGAUCCUGAACUGGGAUUCCAAAAAAGUCGUGAUGAUUUGUGUUGUUUUAUUCAUCCUCUCACCGAAGAAUUGGAGGAUAUGAAUGAUGAAGAUACUGUCAUGGUCAUGCUGUAA